AUGGGGUUCGGUCAAUUUGACACGAUAUGCGAGAAGGUGCCUGUGCCUUUGUGCUCCUUGGUGGGCCCGGCGUCGACGAUCUCCGGGUCAACGGGCAUCAUAUCCAACUGCUAUGCGCGGAAUAUUGAGGUUGCGAAUACCAUCAUCUUCGAGGGUGCCGCGUCCUUCAUGCAUAUCAUGGCGCUUAGCAUGACAGUGAUCAUGAUCUUGCACGUUCGGUCCAAGUUUACUGCCGUCGGCCGUAAAGAGAUCAUCACCUUCUUUUAUAUCUACCUAGCUCUGACCCUUUUCUCUCUUCUCAUUGAUGCAGGUGUCGUUCCCCCAGGGAGUGACCCGUUCCCGUACUUCGUGGCUGUUCAGAACGGCUUGAUAUCCGCACUAUGCACCUGUCUUCUCGUCAACGGGUUCGUCGGCUUCCAAUUGUACGAAGAUGGCACAGCCCUCUCAGUGUGGUUGGUACGAGUCCCCUCCGCAGCGAUGUUCGCUCUUUCGUUUGUGAUAUCGCUUGCGACUUUCAAGUCGUGGGGUUCGAUGGGUCCCCAGAAUACCACGGGCCUGUUCGUGGUGCUGUACCUUCUGAACGCCAUCUCUAUCGCUGUGUACUUGGCCAUGCAAUUGCUUCUAGUUGCGAACACAUUGGAUGACCGCUGGCCGCUGGGCCAUAUCUCCUUUGGUGUGAUCGUCUUCAUCAUUGGCCAGGUUCUCUUGUAUCAAUUCAGCGAUGUUAUCUGCAACAACGUGCAGCAUUACUUGGACGGCCUUUUCUUCGCUACAUUCUGCAAUCUCCUCGCUGUCAUGAUGUUUUGGGAUUCGAUCACCAAGGAGGAUCUGGAAUUCUCCGUCGGUGUCAAGCCAAACACUUGGGAGGUUAAGGAACACCUAUCUGAGGAAGAGCGCCGAACUACUGUCUACCCUGACAAUAACUCCGAGUAUGCAGGCAGCCUGUACCACCAUCGCUCUUCCACUUAUGGUCAUCAUAAUUAUUGA